AUGCUUGCUGCCAAGGAGUAUAAGUUGGCUAUUCUUUUGGAGACAAAAGUUAAGGAGAAUAAUGUUAAUACUACUUUUCAAAACCUUAAAAGGGGAUGGAAAUUCACUCAUAACUGUAGUCCAGAACACCAUACCAGAAUUUGGAUUGGUUGGGAUGAGGAGAGUUUAAAGGUUGAGAUCAUUAAAUCUAAACCUCAAUUUAUUCAUUUGAAAGUUGGAAUUCUUGGUUCUUCUUUGGCCUGCCACUGCACCGCUGUUUAUGCUUUUAAUACUCUUGAGGGGAGGCUUGAGCUAUGGAAGGACAUAGAGGAAAUUGCUGCUGGUAUGAUCGACCCCUGGGCUGUAAUGGGGGAUUUUAAUAUUGUUCGGCAUCAGAAUGAGAAGCUUGGAGGGGAGGCCAUUCUUCAUGGGGCUGUAGAGGACUUUAACGCUUGUAUUUUCAAUUCGGGCCUAGCUGAUUUGAAGUGGAAAGGAGAAAUGUUUACUUGGAGUCCAAAGCCUUUCAAAUUUUUCGAUGCCUGGACUACUCAUGGAGAUUACUUUGAAGUGGUUAAGAAAGGCUGGGCUUUCCCUAUAAAGCCACAGUCCAAUCCUCUUCUUUGUUUCGCUGCAAAGUUAAGGAAUGUUAAGCUUGAGCUGAAGAGGUGGAAUAAGGAGGAUUUUGGGGAUGUUUUUCAUUCUGUCAAGGUGGCUGAGGAGGAACUUUCCAGAAUUCAGGCUGAUAUAUCUUUGAAUCCGAUGGAUGACUCUCUAAUUAUCCUAGAGAGAGAGAGGCCAAGGGCAAGCUCUGGAGUGCUUUGCAAAUGGAGGAGAGGGUCCUAA